GCUAUGCAAACUAAUGGAUCUCUUUGUUUUAAGAGAAAAAACAAAACAAAAAACAAAGCAGUCAGUAAUUUUGUAGGAAAAAGAAACCCAGUUGCUUUCCAUUCCACACCUCAUACCAGAACUGCAAUCAUAAGACGGGAGGCCGUGUGGAGCAACCGAUCCUCUCCUGUUCCCUCUCCUCUUUCUGAAAUUUAAAGAAAACCGGGAUCGUCAUUCCUUUAAGAAAAGGAGAUUCCGUCGUUUUUUCCCCUUCCCACGCCUGAUAAUAAAACUGCAAUCAUGAGUCUCCUCUCCCAGGAAGGUUUAAAGGAGAUUCUCCAACAACUUGAAUGCCAUUUUACAUGGGAGUUGCAGAAAGAGCAUAUUGAUCCUGAUGAAUUGGAGGAAAGAAUUGCUGAGCAGAUCCAGUUCUUAACCAGCAAAUCCAAAGUUCGAAAUUACAACCUUCUUGCCUAUGUGAAAUUCCUGAACGACAAGAAGGACGAAGCCCUGGAAAACCUGCAGAAAGCUGAAGAGGCUGUGCCCAUAGAAUACCCUGAGGAUGUUGAAAAGGGAAGCCUGGUCACCUGGGGCAACUAUGCCUGGGUGCACUACCACAUGGGCAACCUUACUGAAUCCCAAGCCUACGUGGAGAAGGUAGAAAACACCUGCAAGCAACUUGGAAGUGAAUUUCCUUAUAAGAUGGAGCUCCCACAGAUCUUCUGUGAAAAGGGUUGGGCUCUCCUCAAAUUUGGAGCCAGGUAUUAUGAAAAGGCCAAGGAGAACUUUGAAAAAGCCUGGGAUAAAGAACCUGAAAACCCAGAAUUUAAUUCAGGCUAUGCAAUUACAGUAUACCGCCUGGAAGAUUAUUAUGCAAAAAAAUGUUCUGGAAAAGGCUCUUCACUGGAACCUUUGAGGCUUGCAGAAAAACUGAAUCCCAAUGACAUGUUUGUGACUCCUCUCCUUGCAUUAAAGUUACAGGAAACAAACAGAGUGAAGGAAGGAGAAAAAUACAUUAAGGAAGUGCUUGGAAAACAUCCUGACGUUCCAUAUGUAUUAAGGUAUGCUGCCAAAUUUUACAGAAAGAAAGGAGACAUAGAGACAUCAUUGCAACAUUUGAAGAAAGCAUUAAGCUUGACUCCGAACUCUGCAUUCCUGCACCAUCAAAUUGGAAUAUGCUAUAGAAUACAGUACUUUGUCCUGAAAAAAAAAGUGUCCAAGGACCAAUUCCAGUCUGUUCUAAAGCAGUAUGAACUGAUGAAACUUUGCAUUUUUCAUUUCCAAAAAGUGGUGGAGCGUAAAACCAAGUUUGUCUAUGCUUAUAUUGACCUUGCUAACAUGUAUGCCGAAAAAAAACAGCUACGGGAAGCGGAUGAAACCUUUCAGAAAGUGUUUGCCAUCAGCAACCUAACUGCUACAGAGAAGCAGCAGCUCCAUUUUAAUUAUGGACGUUUUCAGGAACGUCAUAGAAAAUCAGAUGUGAACGCUAUGAAACAGUACCUGCAAGGGCUGAAAAUUGAAAACAAUUCGUUUGAACAAAAGAACUGUGAAAGAAGCUUGAAUAAAUUGGUAGAUAAGACAGUUAAGAAAGGUCUAAUAUGUGUUGAGUUAUUUGAAAGCUUAGGAUUCACCUUCCAACGCCUUGGAUUAAAAGAAAAAGCCAUUGAAGCCUACGAAUCAGCCCUGAAAAUGGAUCUUGGGAAUGAAGAGUAUCUGAGUGCAGUUAUGAACUUGAAGCUUUCCUUGGAAAGCUAAAUGUUUGCUAUGUUUGGAAAGCAUGUGGUUUCCAAAUAUUUUCACCUUUGUGUUUCAUGCCAUGUCAAAAACCCAAACUUUUACAGCAUUUACAGUUGCCUUGAGCUAGAGUACUUACAUCUCUGCUGUGUGUGUGUGUGUUUUUUUUUUUAGAAGAAUAUUAGCUUCUAAUAAGGCCUUCUUAGAAUACUAAAACUCAAAACAUUAAACUGAACAGCAAGCAAGAUUAAAAAAAGAAUCAAUGUAUAUAUGGGGUGGAAGUGGCAUCUUACGAUGAUGCUGUGUGGCUUCAAGUCCUUGCAGAAGCUGCAAUGACUCUGUGCAUGUAUCCAAUUUACCACUGAGCCAUGGUGGCGCAGUGGUUAGAAGUCACUUUUGCAGUGCCUUCUAACUGUCGGCCAGCACUUUGAUUCUCGCUGGCUCAAGGUUGACUCAGCCUUCCAUCCUUCCACAGUGGGUAACAUGGGGACCCAGAGCGUUGGGGACAAUUCGCUUACUCUGUAAACCACUUAGAGAGGGCUGCAAAGCACUGUGAAGUGAUGUAUAUAAGUCUUAAGUGCUAUUGCUAUGUCAUCUGCUUCAAUUGUGAAGAGAGGCAAUGGGGCAGUUCUGCUUCUGUUAGAAAGGGAAGGGCUCCUGUCAUGUCAUGAUUUAGCUUUGGGGAUGGGACAACACUUAAAUAUUAUCAAACUAAAACAUUGCAUAGGCUAAUCUGCAGGCAACCUCAGUCUUAUGUUUAUCCUGCAGUUCUAUAUAUUAAUUGGUUCCCUAGGCAAAGAAAUUUCAGUCCCAAUACAUCUGCAGGGUUAGACUUUCCUUUGUCAGGACAAAGUAGUGGUUUGUGGUUUGUGACAUAGAUAGAAAUACAACUUAGCAGCAAAAGCUAAAAUUUUCAGUAUAAGAGCUAAAAUUUACCUAGUAUAUGGAAUUUGACAACUACUCAUUCUCCAUGCUCUUAUGACUGAUACUGCAGCAUUGGAAAGAUAAAGGUAUGGCCACAUUCACUCAACAGAUUGAAGAGCUGUCCUCUAUGAGUGGAUUGCCUAUAGGUAUACUGUGUGUGGACAAGCAUAAUGUACUCUGUGACACAUUUAUACUCAGUUAUAGAUGCGUAUUAAAUAUAUAUGUCUUGAAUAAUAUAUUUUUUGCUCUUUUGUAUUUUUUAACCUCUUAAAGUAAUCUGUUACUUUUCUUUGAUAAUGUAGCUUACUGCUAUCAUAAUUACCUUUGUAAAUACCAAAUAAAUUGGCCUUACAGGUCUCUUAUGGCUAUUUUAAAAAAAAGGGGGGGGGGAAUACAGUAAUUUUUUUAUUUUUUAUUUUGGCUUUUAUCCUGCACAGUGAUCUAUGAAAUAUCUGGCUCUGCUGAAUAAAAGUAAAAUAUCCUGA